UCCGCGGUUCUUUGUCUCUGCAUCCCGCCAUCUUGGGCUCUGCUCCGCGGGCGGCCGGGGUCGUCUGUCACCGUCACCAGCGGGACACGCGACAGCCGGGACAGCCAUGAGGAACUUCCAGCAAGCCAGUGUGAAGAGCUCUGUGAAUCUACACACCAGCAAGGCUCCUGGGACUGGAAAACAAAAUGAGAGCUGCAAGAAAAGGCCAGUCACUUACAGUCACUGGAAAUGGUCCCAGCGAUUUAGAGCAAGAAAACACAGGGCACCAGUAAAGGGGUUGGUGUCAUUUGAGGAUGUGUCUGUGGACUUCUCGUGGGAGGAGUGGCAGGACCUUGAUGAUGCUCAGAGGAAGCUCUACAGGGACGUGAUGCUGGAAACCUACAGCAGCCUGCUGUCCCUGGGUCAUUGCAUUACCAAACCUGAGGUGAUUUUCAAGCUGGAGCAAGGAACUGGGCCAUGGGCAAGAGAAGUCCCAAACCAGUGCCUCCCAGAGAUACACAGAGUGAAUAACCAGAAGGAGACCAGCCAGGACAAUCAAGACAGACAUUUCUGGCACCUUGUAAUUACCAGCAGCAACAAAUCAUCUGAAGAGAGGGUUGAACUGGAAAAAGUACUUAAUGUGAACUCAAAGAAUAUUUCAAGUCUGUCUUUAAAGAAUGGAAAUUCCUUAGGCAUGUGGCCUCCAGCCCUCAACGUAUCACAGAAUGUGCUUCUUCCUAGUGAGCUUAACAUGCAGGCUGGAGAAGAAAGUGAUGGUCUUAUUAUAAAUGGCAAGUCCUGCACACAUCCAGAACAUCUUAGUUUGCAUCACAGAGAUCCAAGUGGGCAACAGCAUUUGCAAUAUUAUAGCCAAGAACCUUUCAACAAGAAGGUAUUAUGUAAAGAUAAGUUUUGUGUGGCAGAUACUCCCAGUAAGCUCAUUGAAUCUAGGAAAGCUUCUGAUAAGGUAGCUUUUACUGUCCAAGAGGUAACUCAGGGAAGGGAAGAAACUUUUGAAUGUAGUGUGUGUGAUAAAAUACUCUGUACAAAGUACCAACUCACUAAACAUAUGGAAGUACACAGAGGACAGAAAUGUUAUGAAUGUAGUGAUUGUAAGAAACCUUUCAUUAAGAAAUCAUACCAUACAAAACAUCAGAGAAUCCAUGCAGGGGGAAAGUCAUAUAGAUGUAAUGCAUGUGAGAAAUUCUGUCAGACAACAAGAAACAUAUCCCAGAGAAUCCACAGAGAACCAAAGCCCUGUGAAAUUUAUGAAUCUGAAAAAAGCUUUAACCAGAAGCAAAACCUCAGUAGGUAUCAGAGAACUCACACAGGUUAUAAACCCUAUGGCUGUAAUAUGUGUGGAAAAGCAUUUUACCGGAAGUCACACCUCAACAGGCACCAGAGAAUUCACACAGGUGAGAAGCCUUAUGGAUGUAAAGAAUGUAGGAAAACUUUCUAUCAUAAGUCAUCUCUUACUAUACAUCAGAGAACUCACACAGGUGAAAAGCCUUAUGAAUGUAAAAAAUGUAGGAAAAAUUUCUACUGUAAGUCAGACCUGAAUGUACACCAGAGAACUCACACAGGUGAGAAACCAUAUACAUGUGAAGAAUGUAGAAAAACCUUCUACUCUAAGUCACACCUCAUUAUACAUGAGAAAAUUCACACAGGUGAUAAACCAUAUGAAUGUGAAGAAUGUCGAAAAACAUUUAACCGUAAGUCAAAUCUCACUGUACAUCAGAAAACACACACAGGUGAGAAACCUUAUGAAUGCAGUAUAUGUGGAAAAACUUUUCACCGCAAGUCACACCUCAGCAUGCAUCAGGGAACUCACACUGGUGAGAAACCCUAUGAGUGUGGAGAAUGUGGAAAAUCCUUCUACCAAAAGUCAAGUCUCAUCAGGCAUCAGAGAAACCACACAGGGAACAGACCGUAUGCAUGUGAAGAAUGUAGGAAAACGUUCCUACAUAAGUCAUCCCUCAUUGUCCAUCAAAGAAGUCACACAGGAAACAGACCAUACUCAUGUGAAGAAUGUAGGAAAGCGUUUUACAGUAAGUCACACCUCACUGUACAUCGGAGAACCCACACAGGUGAGAAACCCUAUGAGUGUCAGAAAUGUAAAAAAGCUUUUCACCAGAAAUCAUACCUCAACAGGCAUCAGAUAACUCAUGAAAGUGAGAAACGAUUUGAAUGUAAAGAAUGUAAGAAAUCUUUCUACCACAAGUCAUCCCUCACUGUACACCAGAAGACUCACAAGGUGGAAAUGUUGUGAAAAUAAUGUGGACGCACUCAGCAGGCAUCAGAGAAUUCACACAGAGGAAGCAUCCUAAAAUAAUGAAUUUUGGGAAAGUAUUUUCUGUGUGAGAGCACAUCUCAAUGGACAUUAAGAAAUAGAAACUGUGGGCCGGGCAUGGUGGUGCAUGCCUUUAAUCCCAGCACUCGGGAGGCAGAGGUAGGAGGAUCGCUGUGAGUUCAAGGCCAGCCUGAGACUACAUAGUUCCAAGUCAGCCUGGGCUAGUGUGAAACCCUACCUCGAAAAACAAAAAACAACAACAAAAAAGAAAUAGAAACUGUGUAUAUCAUAGGUUUCCUCUUUUUGGAACAGUCUGCAUUUUUAAAGUCUUACUGUACGAGCCAUAUAAUGGAGCCCUACAGUGGAGUGGAUGUAAUCUGCUCAUUACUUUCCUGUCUGGCCCACAGACUUUCACUCUGGGUCUGAGGUGAACAUUCCCUGCAUGAUGUCCUUGGGAACCAUUAAUAAAAGGUCACUGUGAUUUAAGUCAUGUAACUGUGUGGAGGGAAGGGAUCUUUUCUCUCCAUCCCCAAGUACUCCCCCUUUAGUUUAUAUGGAAAGUAUGUUAACCCUGUGCAUGUUUGGGUGACAGUGCAAACCACUAUAGGAAAUUCACUUCAUAAGCUUUUUGAGCAAAAUUGCUUGUCCCUUAACAUUGCAAAAUUUGCACAUAAGAGAAACCUGUGCAACAAAUAUAGGAUGCCUUAUCAGACAGGGAUGUUUCACUGAACACUGAAUAAAUUAAAUGUUCAUACAUUA